GUUCGGGUAGGAAAGGUCCUGUGAAUAUACUGAUUCAAUAUAGCGGUCAGAAUCUGUCAGAUGUCGCAUGUUCUCUAUCUAAAAUAGUGCUUCUAUCGCCGAGAUAUGGGUAAUCAUAGAAUUAAAAAAGAGAAACCUUUCUUUCUUGCUGUUCAUAGCUAACCUCUUGUUUUAUGGUCUGCUGGGUGGUUAUUAGUAGUUUUACAGCACCAUGCAAAGAAGGACUUGUUUUUAUUUCCAACAAAACUAUCAAUGUAGCAGACACUGCGAAAUUCAACUCUUUUACAAAAUCAGAUUAUGACGCCUACAUUGAAAACAAGUUGGCAAAAAACAAUGGUAUAUUGGAAGACACCGAUCCAGCUGCAUGGUUUUCGUUGUCCAAUAGUAAUCGAACAAAUAUACUGGACGUGGAUUACAGAUCCUGCAAAUAUAUACUGAUCAAAAUGCUACGCUCGCAUUUCGAUUCGGACAAUAUUGAUCUACAAUACAUUGGUUUCAUAGGCCAUGUUGGUACAGCUUCUUUUGCUCAAUGUACUCUAAGAUGAAUUCUUAUUUCAAAAAACGGUAUGAAAGGUUGUGCGGAAUUUGAAAAGUUCAUCAGUCAUUUCGCGUACCAGAAAAAGAAAAAAAAAAAAAAAAUCAAGGACGCAUUCCCUCCCCCCGCCC